AUGUUCUCGACCACCUUCUCAUCCGCCAGCAGCCAAGCGCCAAGGAUCUAUGCCACCGCUGAAGAGGCAGAGGCAGCUGCGGCAAAUGAACGGCGUCAGGCUCCAUCUCCCAGGACGAAAGACGACUAUGCGACAGCCCAGAGCAAGCAGCGCGCGGAGAUGAUUCUGGGACAGUACGAUCUAUUGAUCAAGUACGCCGUGGAGAAUGGGGUUUCGAUACCGCAGACGAGGGCUUAUUUUCGGAAGGUGUCGUUGGGCAUUGCCACGGAGCCGAUUAUCAAGAAUUGGUUUUCGUAG